CAUAGCGGAGCGAGGGAAAACUAAGGAGAGGAGGGGGUAGAAGAAAGAGGAAUUAUAAAAGAAAAGGAAGAAAGAGACAGGGAGGGAGGGAGAGAGAGCGAGUGCGUGAUAAAAAAAGAAAGAUGACAUCCUGUGAAUUGAAGCGCCGAGGUGGAGUGGCGGGCUGUGGCCGGGCUCGAGUGUUAUUCGCCGGGGUCAGAGCUUGAAUCCAACAGCGAGGCUUCGACAAACACCCGAUUGGCCUGUCGGGGGGAAUCGAAGAAGAAGAAAAAAAACACAGAUUUAUGCCUAGCAAGAUUUAAGUUUGACUUAUUCAAAUACGUCAAACGCAUUACGUGUAACCGUCUUUUAACGUCUAAAUGCAACAACUCAUUUUUAUAAUGCAUGAUGUAAGAUUGUAGACAUAGAAAUAACAUUAUUGAUUUCGUGUGCAGAUAUAGAUUUUUUAAGUCAUGCAAAAUAUUAAAUACUAGGUUUUUGUUGUUGUUGUUGUUGUUGUUGUUGUUGUUAUGGCUCGUUGAUAAGGGUUCAAAUUGGAUUGAAGUGGAUACUUAAUUGUGUGCAUUAUUGCCUGGUAAUCUGGGCCAGUGAUUAAAUAAACAGGAAGAGAUUUUAAACAUGUUAUCAAGGAGAACAGUUUAAAACACGUUCAGUAUUUGCAAACUAUAGACGAUUGUAAGGAUGUCAACGGUGCGCUAUUAAUCUUGAUUGUGUGGUUGAUUAUAACAUUCAUCGCUUUGGAACAAAAUGGAUGCCGCGUGGAGCAAUUUUCUCUUUCAGACCACACCUUCUCAGACCCAAGUGGAGGGUUCCCUCCAAUCAGAACUUCUGUCUGUCCACACGACCUCUCCUCAAACCCCACCCACCGAGCACAUAGAUCUGCCCCCAUCGACAGUGGACACUGCUGCUCUCAAUGAGGACCCAGUACCUGUAAAGCCAGUGUCCAGGCCGACCCGUGCAGCUCAUAUCUGCUCUAUAUGCAGCAAGCAGUUUAAGAACAGCUACAACCUACGGCGUCACCAGUCUGUCCACACUGGUAUCCGCAUGAAGGGAGGCUCCCAGAGCAGAGAGGCUGUGGCCAAAGAGAGUUCAGAAAGACACUCUAUCCCCCUCUCUCUCCUCCAGCUCUCCAUACCCCAGCAGCAGCCCCAAACGCUGCCUCCUGCUGCCAUGCUGCCCCCUCCCCACACACAAGUCCUGCCCACUCAAGAUGGAAAUGAAGUUGCUAUGGAGAGCAUGGCCUCCACUGUGACCGCCCUCCCUCCACCUGCUGCAGUUGUCAUGGCAACAGUGGAGCCUUUACAGAGGCCAGUAAACCAGAAUCCCAACCCUGUUCGAAAAAACCACGCUUGUGAGACCUGUGGGAAAGCCUUCAGGGAUGUGUACCACCUGAACAGACACAGGCUCUCUCACUCGGAUGAGAAGCCAUUCUCCUGCCCAAUCUGCCAGCAGCGCUUCAAGAGGAAAGACCGUAUGAGCCACCACGUCAGAUCCCAUCAGGGAGGAGUGGAGAAACCCUAUGUGUGCACGCACUGUGCUAAAGCUUUCUCACGGCCUGACCACCUAAACAGUCAUGUCAGACAGGUCCAUUCUUCAGAAAGACCCUUCAAAUGUCCGACAUGUGAAUCGAGCUUUGCCACACGGGACCGACUGCGCGCUCACAUGAUCAGACAUGAAGAGAAGGUUCCGUGUCACAUCUGUGGCAAACUGCUGUCUGCUGCUUACAUCACGGAUCACAUGAGGGUGCACAACCAAUCACAGCAUCACUCCUGCCAUCUCUGCAACCGCAGUUUCACCACGCUGACGUACCUGCGCGUUCACGCUCAAAAGCACCAUGGUCAGGAGUGGAAGGAAAGCACAGGAGGGUUUGGCACCACAGGUUCUGGAGGUGUCCUGGUUUGCCAGCUCUGUGGUGUGCACUGCAAGACCCCUACCCAGCUGCAAGGUCACAUGGGUACCCACAAUCUUCCCACGAGUGACCCCAACCCCAUCACUACCACCAGCGAAGCAGUUCCAGGAAGCACGAUCACCCUGUGCAACAUGGUUUCGGCACCGACAGUGUUCGUGAGUGGAAACACAGUUGUGGAUCUGCUUGUGACCGACUGCUCCAGCAUCAUCCCUCAACCUCAAAGCUAGCAGAGCAGGCCUGUAGUGCACACAUGCUAGUAACUAUAUUCGCAAAUACAACACAGCUAAAUAAGUAGCUGUUACCCAUUCACCUGUAUGACUCAAAACGUAUGAUCGUAAACACUAAAGAACCACAAGAAGCCAAUGAGAAUCUGUAAAGAAAAAGGCAUUUUAAGUGGACGUUGCUCACAAUUUUAAUGACAUGAACACACAGAACCACACAUGUAAUGACAACUACAUUAGCAUGAUAUAUUUUGAUAAAACACCUCUCAAUGAUGCACACAAUAAGACCGAUGGGGAGAAUUCAAUGAACAGUUGCGCCACAUUUGUGCUUGGUAUUUCACCACAAAUUCCUGCGUUUUAUUCACUAAACACCCGUAAUCAAGUUUAACCAGGUGCAAAAUGCACUGAAUUGGCACUGCGCUGUAUUCAAAUUGAGUCAAUUUCAUUCUAUGUAGGAAACACAGCUCAUUUCUAUGUAAAUUAGGCUUUAUUAUUUACAAAAUGAAGCUCUAUUUGCGUGCCACCAUUAAUGUUACGUUAGGACCGCCCACUGGAAAGCAGAUAGUAAACUGAAUUUUAUAAAAAGAGAUGUUUGUAAACAUUUUCUAGGAAUAAUGGCAACAGUAAUUCAUCAAAUGAAGAUGAAAUUAGGAGAAGAGCGUUACAACCAGGCGGUUAGUCAAGUGCACUUUUAGCAUUUUAAAGAGCCAAUUCAGGUGUCUGGAUCGCAGUGGUGGAGCGGUGCAGUACAUACCCAAUGUAUGCAAGAUCACGGUAUCUUCCACAACCUAUCGCUCUAAACCAAUCCGCAAAAUUGGGAAUUAUGUCUUGCAAAUUACAUUCAGCACAAAAGUUUUGGAUGUGUUUGAGCCAUUACCUGAUUUGCAUAAUUCCUUUAGCGAAUCGGGUGCUUGAACUACGCAGACAGCGCAUUCAAAUAAACCGAUAUCAACGAGCGCAAUUUGUUAUUAGUGAAUUCCCACCUUAGUUGCUUUACACUUAGUCCUCCCAAAACCAUGUAGUUAUCCAAGUAAUAUGUACAUUUUCUUGUCCAGCUGAGAGGGAAGGAGGACAGUAUUUUGUCUUCCUAAAAUACCUUGGAUUGACAAGAAGGAUCAGGGCAUGAAGGUGGAAAAGGAGAGAAGCAGAGACUUUGAGAGCAGCACUUUUAUUUUAAUACUAUUAUAAAAAUUGCCACGUUGCACUGGAUGGAUGCACUCUUUGUUUUCUUCUUUUCUCCCUUUCACCUUCUCAUUUUUCAUGGCUUCAGGACUCUUUGAUGAUACUGUGAUUGUGUAUUUCUACUGUAUAUCCUCUGCUUGUAAUAUGAUUUCCUGUUUGUUUGCCAGACCUUUCUCUUUCAAGAUAUGUUUUUAUAUGUCAUAAUAUCUGACUCUGGUCAAAAACAAAAAGCAGAAAAAACUAGAGGUUUGAUGAGAGGAAAGUUACAGAGAUAACGUCAUGUUUUGUUAUGAACAGAAACACACAGGCAUAGUUUCUGUUUGUGUGUACCUGUUAGUGUCUGUACAGUACUGGCCAAUUAAUGAAACUCAUGUGUUUGUCACAGUGACUCUGAAUUUGUCGCCAACUAUCCAGACUACCAUUAUUCUAAAAAGAUGUUCAAACUGACUCUAACUUGCCACGAAAAUGUGACUGGAGAAAAUUUUCAAUGAGAGUUGGCAAUUUCUGCCGACAUAAGUGACAGCGACUGCCCAUGACGUGAUAUGGGCAUGUCCAGCAAAACUGAUCGCACUGUGAAUUCGGUGGUAGCAGGUUGAAAGUUUUGCUGCUGAAAUCAGUCUGUGUACUGAAACAAAUAACUGCCCCAGUUGCCUAAGCUGGAAGUGUUGUUGAAUAUAAGGGCAUGUGUGAGCUCCAGUUUCUGAAGAAGGAUAUAGCUACAGGCAUUGCUCGAAAAUGGGGCAGGAGCUCCAAACUGCCAUUAAAGAUAUAGGGAGCUCCUUACUCAACACUCUCCCUAACCUUAAACGUGAGUUAAAGUGACUCCCCCUUUUGGAGUUGCCGCAACCUUUUGAACAUAUUGGAGUAACCCCACCCUCUUUUCGAGAUUCCUCCCCAUUUUUGGAGGUCUCCAGCCUGCAGCUAUACCUACUUGGGUUUCCAGGCGAAAAGUCCACAGAUUGGCACCAAAGGAGAGGUUUUUUUUUUUAGUUGUUUAUGAUGUAAUACUGUCAACAGGAAUGCAUAUAUUUUUUUUUAAACCAUGCUGCCUAACCCCAACCCUAAACUAUAAAUGUAAUUUUAGAGCGACUAAUGCAAUGUUUAUGUGAACGCGAUUGCUUCCUGCUAUCUCGGAGGUUGCUCUCACAAUGCGCUACCAGUAGCACCACAGGGAAAGGUGAUCGCAUUUGAAAUGAUGCAAAAAUGUCUGAUGGGGAAUGCCGCUGUAACAGAAAUUUGGCAGAUUGGGGUUGAUUUAAUUGCGAACAUUCAGAAGCAACAUGUCGAUUUACCGUGUGAUCAUCAAGUGAAAUUUAUGCAAUUGAGCAGCAACGCGUAAGGGAACUAGCAAUAGGAGUCAAGACACUGGAGCUCAUGUGAUCUGUGGGUAGGUUUGUUCCUGCAUUGAUAAUCGUUCAUCUUGCUGCAUAUGAUGCAUUAUGCACAGCUGCGAUAUAUAUACAAACACUUUCUCCAACAGAAUGAGUUUUUAAUAGGAAAAUGUAUGCUUUGUCAAAAGAGAAUGACAUCUUAUUUAAAAAUUCUUUACCAGUUGUGCAGCCCAAAAAUAAUGUUCUAGCGACCAGCAUUGGGAACAUCUAAUAGCGUCCAAUGGAAAAGAUCUGUCUUCUGUCGUUUUUCGAAGAUUGCAAUUGAUUUUGGGUUGGUAUUAGUGACCUUGUACCUUCCUGUGAUGGCACCACAAGUCGUCGCUCGGGGACAAAACUGAAAAAAAGCCGGAUAUGGAAAUCUAAACGAAAAUACUCGUAAAUAUGUUGUUUUAUGUUAAUUUUACAGCAGACUGCUAGCUUCUUUGAAAGGCCUGUCCAAGAAGUUUUACAAUAGCCACUUUAACACAUAGAACUUGUUAAAUUGCCGUUACAUUGCCAGAUUGCCUUUUCUGGUAAAUGUACCACAUCUGCUAUUCCCACAUGCAACGACUUAAUUUAUCUGUUUUACAACCAUUCAUACUUCAGCGUCAAAAUGCUGUUAAACUCUGAUGUCAUUUGCCAGAAAGGACUUUGGUCAUAUGUGUACCUCGUUCAUGAAAGAUGAUAGUUAAUGGAAUCAAUUCCUGUUCCUGCAAGCUGCUGACAAAUUUCAUUAUCCACUCAGAUGAAGAGAAGCUCUUCAGCUUCAUAAUCUUUCCAAUUUAAAAAAAUAAAUAAAAAAAUGUACCCCUGAGUCACUAAUGUUACACGGUGCGGAGUAAUUGUGUCAACUCUGUCAACUUUGUAAUUGGCCCAAAGCAUCAGCGCGUCCUGAUCUAGUACAUGCUCAAACCGUUAAAUCUUAAGGCUUUGAUCACACAUAGCAUCACUUUUUCGAUAAUGUUACAAUCACUCAUUUCGAGAAAUUGCAGGGCUGAUUUACCAUAUAUCCCAAUGGGUCCUGUUCACACAUGACCUCUAAUUGGAAAAAUUGCGUUAAUAACCUGGCAUAUUUCCAGAUGAGCAGUGAAGUUGAGCGAACAUUCAACAUGUUUAAUAGAUGAUUUGUGUAUCUGGAUCACCGUAGCUUGGUUUCAAUCCAACAAUUUUUUGGCGCAUUUUGAAAUGGCGCAUGAGAAUUCCUGAAUGGAAAUGCUUGACAAGCGAAUAAACUCAAAAUUCACUUAAUUUAUUGUUCUUGGAGGUGGUGGAUUUUCUGGAGUUUUGCAUUAUUUAAAAUGUGCAUUUAGGAGAGAGAAACAGUUUAUCCACAAAAAGAUGUGUUUUAACCAUUGUCAUUGAUUUGACCGGCCUAACGAAAGGUCAGACUUUGGCGUACAAUGCUUCGAACAUUGCCCUUAACAUUCUGAAGUGUUUAAUCCACAGCUGGUUGUUAAAGUGGGUCCUUAUAAUCUGCCAGAACGGUUUUGAACACGGGUGCUUCCAAGUAUUCGGAGGCUGGUAGCGUGUGGGCAUCACAGCCAUUUCAGCCUUCAUUAUAAAUCAGAUAACACUGUUAUUCUGCAGAAUCUCCUGGCAGCAUUUAAUAAAACAUUUUACAAUUGCUCCAAUCCUGCAAAUAAAACUCAUAAAGGUCAUUCAGCUGCUUCAUCAUGACAAAGCAGCUCACUCAAGUUAAUGCGCAUGACUUAGGAAUACAUGCAACGAUUUGUAUUUUCUUUUGUCACAUUUUUUGAAAUUGCUCUUAAAUGUUAUUUAUUCUUAGUGAAUUCCACCCUUUGCCUUUUUGCUGGACUUUGAGUGAAAGAUCUGUGAUUUUUACCAUUCAUCAAUAACAUUGAUUUAGGUGUUGAACAGAAGUUGAAUGGACUUUUGUUGCAUUUUAAACAAACCACCAGUUGACAUAUUUAUAAUUUGGCCAUGACUGUACUGUGGGAGAUUGGUAGGUGUUUAGUGAAUGAAAAUGUACAUGUUUUUCUUCCUCUCUGAUUCUCUCUGAUUUUUCUGAUGUCUAAUCUGUUUCCGUCCAGAGGAGAACAUGAUUGAAAAAUGAGAAUCCUCUGCCUGACUUUUCCUGAGAAACAGAUGUUGAGUGCUGAACUAAGAUAUUCAAAAAGAGGUAUAUUUAGAUCAAAUGUUUAAAAGCGAUGCGGUUUAACUUUAGACGUUGUUUUUCAUUGCAACAGGCCAUUAAAGAAAAGGAGUGCAACUGUUGUUACUGCUUCCACUAAGAAUUACAGGAAAACCUUUGUUUGUAGAAGAUUGUGUUUUCAUUUUUUUUCUGUCCUGAAUGUGUGAAUGGUGUGUUUUACAGAAGGGCUUAAUCAUGCACGCUCAAGUGAAAUUAAGAGUAACACACAGAAAUUAAACACUACUAGCUCAAGUGUCAAAGUUGUCAAAAACAAUGGAGAAAAAAAGAGUUGACUUGGUUUUGUACUGGAGUGAUUUGUUUGAUCAGUUUAGUGUUGGUACUGUAUACUGGUAUAUCUGGUUAUUCAUGAACUUAAUUUUAAUAUAAAAAAUUGUUCUUCCUGUCUAGAAAUGUAGUUGUUUUUAUAAGGUUCCAAUCAUCAUAAUUAGGUCCUUCUUUUUAAGUUAGCUUUAAGAUGAAAUAUUGUAAUACCUCUAAUCUCUGUACAGCUCUGGCAAUGCAUCUCAAUGCCUUAUUGUAUUCUACCACAUUUAAUUCGUCAAACUCAAACUAUUUUAAAUUAUAGUUAACAAACCAUUUAAUAGGAAAGAAAGAUAAUAAUGGGAUGUAUUUAUAUUUAUAUUUUUGUAUUUCUCCACAGUAUGCAUGUCUAUAAACAGAGCAAAGCAAAAUGUUGAUGCUUACCAUGAUCAUGAAUAUUAUGUUAUUAUUUUGUAGAUUAUGUAGAUCAUGUUAUCAUUUUGUAAUUUUGACUAUUAAAAGGAAAUGGAGUAAUCAUAUCUCAUUGGGUUAAGUGUGAUGCAUUGUCAAGAUCAGAUAACUUAUGUGUGUUUAAAAGAGAAAAGUAUAGCAGUACACAAAUCUGACCUACCCCAAUCAUAUUUAUCCAUCUACAGUAAUGAUCCGUAUCUGUCUACCAAAUCUACUGGCUUCCUGGAAUUGAUAUGGGGCUACAUAAUGUAUAUCAUUUUAAUGAUAAAAG